UCGAUGAAAAAGUUAUAUACUAUUAAUGAAGUUGCAUAACAUCUCAACGAUAGUUUUAUCACUUCAUUCUAUUUACUUUCACGCGCUAUCGUGUCGGAUGUUGCAAUUUAAAAAUUUCCCGCAAAAUUGUCCAACUUAUUUCUUCUACAGUAUUUAUUAAAAAGACACCCUCUUUUGUCUAUAUUAAAUUCGUUUUUUUAUUUUAUAAAAUAUUUAUGAUAUCUGAUUCAUGACAUCAUGAACUUCUAAAUUCUUUCGUAAUCAUUGUAUUGGUUUUAUAAUAAUCAUUGUGUAAAUCAUGGCGACUGUGACCGGUUUUUCAAGAUUAUUUAAUUUUGCCACAAAUACUUGUCUCAGAAGAAUUGCUCCGGUUACAAGUUAUAAGCAAUAUUAUCCAGGACUAAAAUUAUGGAACAUGGAAGUAGCUGGUUACAGACCAAGGUAUAAAUUACCUUGGUUCCGUGAAUCACCAAGUUAUCAAGAAAAAGUCAUUGAAUGUGAUAAAGAAAAAGAAAAAGCAGCUUCUGAUGUCAUAAAUGAAAUUAAUAAACAAAUAGCUACCAAUACAACUGGCCGUUUAUUUGCAGUUGUUCAUCUAUGUGGAACACAAUUUAAAAUAACAGAAAGUGAUGUUAUAAUUGUUAUUGGUCAUUGGGCACCUCAACCAGGAGAUAAAAUAAAAUUGGAAAAAGUAUUACUUGUUGGUAGUAAAGACUUUACUCUUGUUGGGAGGCCAAUUUUAAAUAGGGAGCUGGUGUCGGUUGAUGCAACUGUUGUAGAUAAAACUUUAUCUCACACAAUUGUUAGAUUUAGGAUGAGGAAAAGGAAACAAUUCCGCAGACUUAACUUUUUGAGACAAAAUCGAACAAUGUUAAGAAUAACAUCUAUAACUAUAAAUGGAGAUGUAGACAAAAAGAAAGAAGUUGAAGGCUUAGAUAGAGUAUAUUAAAUAAUAUAGAUCAUACUAAUAUAACAUGCAAGCAUCUUUAAAAAUAUCCAUUAUAAUAAACUAAUCAUUAUCUAAAAAUUGUAAAUAAUUGCAUCUGAUAAAUUAAAGGUUAAUUAAAGGUUGAUUUAUUACA